AUGUCCCAAGAAUACCGGCGCCGGGUUGACAAUCCGGUCAUCGUGAAGGAUGAAGUCGGAAAGGCUCGCCACAGCUGCUACGACCUACCUCCAGAUGGGCACGCCUACGGCCGUGUGUUUCCACGGGAUCCAGAAGGUGCUCGUGAGGUCACUAGCAGAUGGACCCAACAUCUCAAGAGCGUGCAGCCGGCAGAUCUGGCGCAGGAUUUUCGAGCCAUCAACAAGACGGCGGUGAAGAGGGGCGUUCGACCACUCGAAAGCGGGACUGCCAAGCAAAUGAACACCUUUCGUCGAGGAGUGGACAUCAGGCUGAACCCACCCCGCAACGAAGAUGGCAGCACCGUGGUGCGGCGUCCGGUGGAUCGCUCUGCAACCUAUGGCCGGGCAAACUUGCCUUCCACUCCGAUGCAGGAUGUGCUCCACGGGGCCUUCGCCUCGGACUUCGAAUCGGAGAUGUCGCAGAGGUACGAAGCCUAUGCGGAGCAUGAUGCGUUGGAGGCUCCUGGUGGCAAACAUCGCAUCAGGACCACCAAGGCCCAGGCGUUGCGCGUGGGCGCGCGGCGCUUGGCGGAGGCGCCGCCGAGGAUUUUGAGGCCCAAGGAUCCCUUCAGGCACCUUACUCCUCGGCUGCUGCUGCAGCCGCUGUCUGCUCGGGAGAAGUCAGCGCCUGAGGAGCUUGAUGCAAGCCACGAGGUUGCUGAAGGUGGUCCAGAGACUGAUGCGCCGGAUCUGGGAUGA